CCCGCAUCUCCACGGGCUCUGUGGAGGACUGCGGCCGUUCACCGUCGUUUUGGAACUCAGCGUCGCCCCGCGUCAUUGUGCUCAAGAUCCGCUGCCUAGAAAUAUCCCAGCCCUGGUCCUUCGAUGUUCCCGACGCUCGCCGGCGUGCCUAGCCGCGUCUCGCGUCCGUGAGUCGCCGAUGUUUGCAUUGCUCGGUAAAUUUGCAUUACCAUCGUUUCAGAGUGCUGUACAUGGACGAUUCACCAUUCGGAGCCUCCCAUAUGUGCCAGAUAGUGACAACGAAAAUAGUGGCAUGGACCACUGGAGUUACCAUUGCUGAGCACUUCUGAAAUUCUUGAGAUUCAGUUUGACCCCAUACAUUGAUUUGAUGGGACUCCAGGUUUCAGUUGCAAACGGAAACAACAGUAGUAAUCUGCAGGGAUUGGACGCUUUUGCAGCUGAACAGCAGGCAGACUGUCAUGGGCAUAUGUCAUUGUAAUUUUGUUCAAUUUUGUCUAGGAGCAUUCUGAAGCUAGAUUGAGUGGAAAUCUAACUUAAUGUGGAGAAUCGUAGCGUAUAUAGUUUACUCAUUGCUAAUGUUGUGUUCUGCUCAAUUCCUUCAUUAGGAAUCGGUCACCGUCAUUUAGAGUAGCAACUAAUGAUGUACUCAUUUUCUUUAUUACAUGUGCUACUUGUUCUAAUAUCUAGUCUUACUCUUACAACGUGUUUUAUGGUUGCAUAGCUAGUGGAGGGCUGUUGAAAAUGUUGCACGUAGGAGUCAGAUGAUUACCUUUGUUGAGAGUCCAUCCUAAGAGUUUCCCUAUGCCCCAGCUAUGAGGUGUCGUUGAUGCAUACUUGGCUUAGACCAACAGCGUCAGUAUCAACCAUCCGAAGAUAAGCACAAGCUUGCGCUGAGUGAUGCAUCUUGGAUGGAAUCAAACUCGCCAUCCAAAAGUGUGCCUGAAACAGCAACACAGAUUGCAGAUAAUGUUGAUUCAUGUACAAGUGCUGUUGGCAGUGAUAAAAAAAACAAGGCAUGCCUCGCAGGUUUCAGAAAAUUUGCGAGCCCAAGUUCCACCCACCAAAGAGAUUUCAUGCCUUACAUUAGGCGUGCAGCUGAAAGGAAGCUGCUGCAGCCUCAGGUCCUCUGGAUGAGCCUCCUUUGCAAAGCUGAAGCAGAAUGUUUCCUUGAUGUCCCGUCUAGUUUACUUUGCGAGGACUACGCGUGUUGGAUGUUGCGAAUUCCUGAAGCUGAGCAUGGUGCUGCAGACUCAGCUGCACUUGUUGGAGAGGGCCAGUACUGGUACUAUCCCGGUUCCACAUUUUUCUACUCAGCUACACCAAGCUCGUAUACUCCGGCGCCAUUGUUGAUGUAUGCAUGAGAAAGCUGAUGUUUUAUCCAGAAGUCGUUGAUUUUCUCGAAGAGGACAAAGAUGAAUUCCCUUUUG